GGGUCGGGUCUCUCGCUUCAAGUCCAAUCGGCGCUUCCAAUUCCGCCAACUCAAAGGGUUCGUUUCUCGAACCACAAUUCAGGGGAUCAUCAUCGGUCCAUUCUUCCUCUUGAUGCGAAGUCUCCUUUGCCCUACUCUUUUCUACUUCACAACGAUAUUUACUACCCGCUUGCCACAAAUAUGACCUCGAGGUAGUUGCGCGCGCAGUCUCAUUGAACGCCCACGAUACCAUCACCUAAUCUCUACAACAACGUGCGCUCUGAUCCUCACGACCACACGCGAAACAGGCAGGAUCCUGAAUUCACCGGCGACAAGAACCAAACACGUUCGGUCAGAAAAACAAAGUCGAACCAAGUCAACUGGGCGCGAGAAAGACCUCCACAGGGACUACCCUAAUCGAAUCGAUUUACCAUCAUCAUGGCGCGAAGGCCGCACAUUACGCUGAUGCUCGUCGUCGGCGUCAUUCUCUUUGUGUUUACGACCUACAUGCUCUCCUCGAGUGGCUCCUCGGGGGUGGUACAGCAUUCAGAGACUCUCGAUUUAGGCGGAAGUAGCGGCAGCGGAGAUCACAAGAGUGCUAGUGGCGAUGGCGGCAGCAAGUCCGCGUUUGGCAUAUCGGAUAACAUCCUCAAGGGCGGCUCUAUCGCGCCCAAGCUGGAGAAUGCGACGGCCAAAGCAGAACUAGGCCGCGCUUCCUGGCGUCUCUUCCACACCAUGAUGGCGCGCUUCCCCGAGACCCCGACCGCCGAAGAAUCGUUGGCUUUGAAAACCUACAUCCAGCUGUUCGCGCGCCUCUACCCCUGUGGCGACUGCGCAUCGCACUUCCAGAAGCUGCUAAAGAAGUACCCACCGCAAACGAGCGGGCGCAACGCGGCGGCCGGAUGGGCCUGCUUUGUCCAUAAUGAGGUCAACAAGCGCCUCAAGAAAGAGCAAUUUGACUGUAACAAGAUUGGGGAUUUCUAUGAUUGUGGCUGUGGGGAUGAAGGUGCCAAAAAGGCGGGGGAAGCUGGCGCUGGGGCAGAGGUCAAAACAGAGACAAAGAAGGGAGAAGAUCUCAAGAUGGAUUGAGGGUUGAAUAGGAGGAAAAGUUGAUUCUGCACUUGUAGGGAGGUGACAAUCACGCAUGGAUAUCAAGUGACCGUGAGCGGCGUAUGCCGGAACGCCCAUUGAUUAGAGACGGAAAUGUCUUGGAUAUUGCAGUCGUAACACCGAUAUCGACUGGUGUCCUGUCGUAAUUCGGACGAACUCGACCCGAGGGGCGUUCAGAUUCCAAGGCGCUGUGGAAAUGAGGUUGUCAAAGACAUGGAUUUGCCUGCUUCUAUACCGCCGCCAGCUCCAGGGCCCUUUGCGAAACGAAACCGUUGAGAUAUUGAGCAUUGGUAUUUUGAAUUAAGUUGAUAAUUACCUCUGUGCCGUG